AUGACCAAUCCCAAUCCCAAUCCCAAUCCGUCCUCUGGUACAAAAUCCCCAAAACAUGGGUUUUCCGAAUCUGAUCUUACUGAUACAGCAAUAACUACACGUAAUUUACCAACAUUGCUAUCAGCCUAUACUCAUCCUGACACAUCCUCAUCGAUUAGAGAUUUCCUAUACGAAGAGCUUUCUCCACACAGUCCUGCAAUCUCCAAAGCUCUCUUAUCUAUCAAAGAUGGUGAUCAUAAUAUUUCCUUGAAACUCCCUUCGGAUUUCUCUACUGUCUUAACUAAUAAAGAUUCAGAGAUGACCAAUCUCAUGGCUCAAGCUCAAGCCAAGGGACCAAGGGAGUUUGAGCUGGCUGAUACGAUGGAGAAAUUCACACUGAAAAUGGCUGAACAGAAUUGGACUAUCGCUCAUGGUAGAGGAAAAGGUCGUUCGGGAUCUUCAAUAAAUUCUCGUCCAGGUGGUUCUGAUUAUUCAUUAAAAUUCAACACUUCUUCUGAUACCACCAAAUUAGUGGACGGAUUGACGAACGAUCAGCUUUCAGCUAUUGAACACGAAACUAAACGAACUACAGAUUUCUGGGAUCAUGAUAAAUACGAAUUGUAUUCCGCUGCUUUGAGAAGGGUUUAUGGAAAACAGGGUUUACCUGAUUCAAUGGCUGAAGCUCUCAGAAGUCAUAAAGGUUGGUCUACGUGCGCAAGUUCGACCAAUGAUAGUUAUUUGAAUAGCUUAGCUGGUGGGUAUGGUGAUUUUGAAGAGUCAUCAGGAGUAGGCGGUCAGGGGGUAAGUACAACGCCAGCAAUGGUAUCUACAGCGGCAUGA